UUCAUAUUUAAUUCUUCACUUCCAUAGUAUUAUUAUUAUUCCACAAACAUGCACAGAACUUACUCCUUAAGAUCCCAAAGGGCUCCAACUGCCGCUCAAUUGCAAUCUCCACCACCACCAACUUCUUCUACCAAGUCUAGAUUUUUCGGUAAGGGUUCAAUUUCUCACUCUUUCAGAAAGUCCACUGCUGGUGCUUUGGGACCUGAAUUGAGUAGAAAAUUGGCUCAAUUGAUUAAGAUGGAAAAGAAUCUUAUGAGAUCCAUUGAAAUCACCGCUAGAGAAAGAAAGGAUGUUGCUAAGCAAUUAUCUGUUUGGGGUGAAGCUAAUGAUGAUGAUAUUUCUGAUAUUACCGACAAGUUGGGUGUUUUAAUCUAUGAAAUUGGUGAAUUGGAAGAUCAAUUCAUUGACAGAUAUGAUCAAUACAGAAUUACUAUCAAGUCUAUUAGAGAUAUUGAAUCUUCUGUUCAACCAUCAAGAGAAAGAAAGCAAAAGAUUACCGACCAAAUUGCUUACCUUAAGUACAAGGACCCUCAAUCUCCAAAAAUCAAUGUUUUAGAACAAGAAUUAGUCAGAGCUGAAGCUGAAUCUUUGGUUGCUGAAGCUCAAUUAUCUAAUAUUACUAGAGAAAAGUUGAAGACUGCUUUCAACUAUCAAUUUGACUCUACUAGAGAACACGCUGAAAAAAUCGCAUUGAUUGCUGGUUACGGUAAGGCUUUGUUGGAAUUACUCGAUGAAUCUCCAGUUACUCCAGGUGAAACUAGACCAGCCUAUGAUGGUUAUGAAGCAUCCAAGCAAAUCAUUAUUGAUGCUGAAAAUGCUUUAGCUUCAUGGACUUUUGAUUCUGCUGUAGUUAGACCAACUUUGUCCUUGGCUGCUCAUGAAGAUUAUGAAGAAGAUGAUUUGGUUGAAGAAACUGAAAACUUGCACGUCACCGAACAACAAUGGGAAGACGAACAAAAGGCUACUGCUUAAAUGUAGUAGAUUAAUGUAAGUUGUAGUAGAAAAGAUGAUGAGGACAAAGAAAAAAAUGAAGAGAUAUUAAAAGG